AUGUAACAAAUAUAAGAGGCCACAAGCUCCAAAGAAGAGCUCUCUCCAAGGCAUUAGGAAAUAAAAGAUGAUUUAUAGAAUAUGCUUAAUGGAUCUAAGCUUAAAAAUUUAGCACUUUCUAUCCACAUAAAUGAUGAUUUAGUUAAAUAGUAUUUGAAUAUCUUAACUGAGUACAUGAGAUAUUCUGAAUAGUAAUGCGAAAAUUUUGUCUUAGCAGACCAAAUCAAGUCAAAAAUUUUAGCUACUAAAAGUUUAAUAGAAGAGAGAGAAAAAGAAGAGCUCAAAUCGCUUAUGCUUAACUAAUAAAUAAACUUAGAGCUUCAGCAUUAUAACGAAUUUAAUAAAGCCGUUGAAUAUUGGCAAGAAAAAGAAGAUUAAUUUCAACAAAAACAAUAGUUUGGAAUUUUAGAAAUCAAAGAGAGACACAUCAAAGACAUGGAACAGUAUUAAGAAAUUCUUGAUCAGUUUAUUUCAUAAAAACCUAAAGAUUCGUCUGAGCUUCUUAAUUUGAAAAAAAUAUAAAACUUUUUGGCUAAAAAGACUGACUAUAAGAAAGCUCAUUAACUGUAAUAGAUGUGUUAAAUAUUAGAGUAAGAGGAAAUGAAAAAGUGGAACCAGUAGAGGGAAUAUAAAAUUUAAAAUUUUAUACAAAUGCUUAAGCAAAAGCAGGAGCAAGAAGUAGAUGCUUUAAAAAGAAGACUUGAUAAUGAGUAUGGUCGAAUUUCGCUUGCUAAAGAAGAGGACUUUAAGAGAAUACUUGUUAAAUAUUAAGGAUUAAACAGAGAUUUAGAGUCUCAAUAGUAAAGUAAUAUAAAAAAAUUUGAUAAACUUUAUUAUAAAAGAACAACUCAAAAUCUAAAAACCUAAUAAGAUGAAGACGGAAGUAAUAUCUUAUAUAUCCCUAAGUGUAAUACUUCUAUGUCUAACAGUAGAUACAAAAAUAGUAAUUAUAAUGCAUUUAAUAGUUAAAAUAGUUCAUAAACAAAUAAGUCUAAUAGUCUUCAAAGGAGAGGAUUCCCAAUUUAAUAAUAAAAUACUGUCCCUGUUAGGUCUAGUAGUUAAUAUAAAUAAUGA